GUCUGGUCUACUGUUUUUGCGAUGCCUGAACCGUCUGGAGCUUCCCGUCCGAGCAUCGGUCGCUGUGAGAAGUCCGGUGCUGCGCUUCAGGACGGCAACCAGGUUUGGGACGAAUUCGUGGCUCGACGUGGGCGCCAGGCCGCCUCUUUGCAAGAUUUCGAGCUGGGACGUACCAUUGGCAAGGGCCGCUAUGCGCGGGUGCGACAGGCUUCCCUGAAGGAGCACAAGGAACUGCCUAUUUGCCUCAAGGUCUUGAAGAAGACAGAAGUGGUCAAGCUGGAGCAGGCUGAGCAUGUCAUCAACGAGAAGAAC